AUGGCGCCUUCAGAGGAUCUCAUCAACUUUGAUGUGAUCGAGGGCCAGAAAGAAAACAUUCAGUCUCUGCCAGGAGGUCGAUCGGCAAAGAAACUGGCACAGCUCUAUUCUCCGACGCCACUUCAACAGAUUCCGACCCCUUCGGACAUCAAGGAUGCCAACGAACGCACAAGAGCCGAGUACGAAGCUGAGGUAGCAGCGGCUGCCGACUCGGAUGAUCCCCUCGAUGCUUUCGAUAGAUACGUCAAAUGGACCUUUGACGCAUACCCUUCGGCGCAAGCCACUCCUCAGUCGCAACUCCUUCCAUUACUAGAACGUGCAACAAAGGCUUUUAUCGGAUCUGCACAAUACAAGAACGACCCGAGAUACUUGAAGCUGUGGCUUCAUUACAUCCGCUUCUUCUCCGAUGCGCCCCGUGAGACGUUCGUCUUUCUCUCGCGCCACAACAUUGGAGAGGGGCUUGCUCUCUACUAUGAGGAGUACGCUGCCUGGCUCGAAGGCGCUGGCCGCUGGAUUCAAGCCGAGGAGGUGUACAAGCUAGGUAUUGAGCGGGAGGCUCGACCAACAGCACGAUUGCUGCGCAAAUUCCACGAGUUCGAACAACGACAAGCCGCCCAGCCCGAUGCUACUGAUGCCCCGACAUCCCCAGCGAUUCCUGCUGUGCGAAAAGCGCUAGGAGCAAAGGUUGAUCCUUUCGCAUCAGCCCGCGCUGUCGAUCCUCAAGCACCAGCAACCGAUGCAGCUGCCGGUGUCGCGACUUCCAAGCCAAAGAAGUCUAAGCUGGCCAUUUUCUCCGACGCUGAUGCAGCGCCACCAGCAUUGCCCUCGUCGAGCGGAGGCACCAAGGGUUGGGAUGACAUUGGAUCGCUGGCCGACAGGAAGAAGGAAAACACAGUAGCGCCAAAGCCAUGGGCGGGAGAGACGUUGCAGGCGGGAGGAAAGAAGAGCACCGCGCCAAAGAUGUCUAUCUUCAGGGAUCCGUCCUUAGCAAGAAUAGCAGAGUCUCAUAUUGUCAUCGCACCAUCGAAACACCAAGUGAUCAUAAAUCCGGCGAAUGGAAAGCGAGAACGUGUUUUUGUUAACCUUGAAGCCGUAUACCCUACGCCCGAAGAACCGGGCACAGAGCUAAGUUUUGAGGAGAUAUGGGCUGCCACUCGGGGCUGGCUUGAUUGUUCGUGGGAAGAAUACGAGAACGAAGAAAACGAUCACGAUAACACCUUGCAGCCGAUUGACGAAAACGUUCAAAUGGAUAUGCUCAAUCAAAAACUGGCCACAAAACUAGUAGUUCAUCACGACGUCGUCGAGCUUGACGAGAACGGCGCAGUCAAGCAACAGCAUAAGCCCAGCAAACCUAAAAAGAAAAAGCUGAUGGAAGUCAACGAGACGCAAAUUAUCAAGGCGAAGCUGGACUCGCCGGCCAAACCUAAGAUGAGAAAGAACAAAUCAUCUGAACCAACCAUGACGCUUCAUACCAGGGCAGCCACGGACGAGAUUUAUGAUCUCUUCAACGCUCCCCUAGAAGCGCCUGAGGAUCAGAAUGAGAGCGACGAAGAUGAGUACAUGUCUGAUGACGAUUACACUAGUGGUGGAGAAAGCACGUGUACCACCCGUCAGAUUUCGAUGAGUGAGGCUGGGGAUGAUGAGACAUCUGAUGUGAAGAGUGUGAGCGAGUGGUCAGACUUUACUGCUCGAAAGCACAUUCCAGACGUUAAUGAUGAAGAUGUUGACAUGGAUGACGGAGAGGGAGAUGAUACUCGUGGUUCAAACUUCAUCAACACCAACCAUGACAACAUUUCGGGCCACAUCACAGGCGAAUACGAGCAUACCGAGGAUCAUGACCUCCACACUCCAAUUGAUGAAGAAGAUCCUCAGACCAUGUUUGUUCCAAUCCCACCGGAGGACUGGGUGCCCAAUUCUCGGCCGUAUAGGGACCCGGCCGAGGUGGCUAACAACCGCCUUCCGUUUAUGACCCCUAUCACGGAACGUACCGAGUCUUCUCUUGGUUUUGUUACUGGUGCUAAAGCUAGGGCUGCUAUGACGCCCGUCUCGCAAGGGAUUCCAGAAGACGACGAGGAGGAUGAUGAAGACUUCGAACCUCUCAGCAGCCCUCUGCGUGAGAUUCUUGGUCAUGACCGGUCUCCCGUCAAAAUCGCACAGCCCGUGCUUCAGAAGAGCACGAAAAGUACAGCAACAACAAAGACGAUUCCGAAGGGACCUCUUAUCACGGACCUACAAUGCAAUCCGGUAGAUGAAGCCGUUCGAGGAGAAAUUCUAAAAAUGAUGCACCCUCCGCUAAGCUCUUACUCUGGCUUCUUUGACCACAGAGAUACUCGCUGCAAUCGUGGUGCCGAGAUUCGAAAAUUUGGCAAAACGUCCAAAGCGGGCAAAAACGGCAACAGCGACCGAAGCAGCAUCAGUAAUCCAAUCACCCUAGAGUUCCCCGGAGUCAAGUCGACCUACACCUUGAAGCGCGAGCUUGGCGCUGGUGCUUUCGCUCCCGUUUAUCUCGUAGAGAACUCCAGUCCUGAUCAAAAUGCUGACGACGAAGGGUCACUUGUCGAGAUGGGCAAAGGUGCCUUUGCUACAUCCCGACGCUCAGCACAAGAAGCUUUGAAGAUGGAGCUGCCGCCCACAGCCUGGGAGUUCCAUAUGAUGCGCCUCGCUGCCACGAGACUUGGCCCUCAGCACAGAGCCACAGCCAGCAUAAGCGCUGCGCACGAGCUGCACUUGUACCAAGAUGAGGGCUUCCUCUUACUGCAGUAUCAUCCACACGGCACUUUGCUCGAUGUCGUGAAUUUCUUCCGAGAACAACCGUCCGGAGCCAUGGACGAACCGCUGGCGAUGUUCUUCACCAUCGAGCUUCUUCGCACCAUCGAAACGCUGCAUUCGAAGCAAAUCCUUCAUGGCGAUCUGAAGGCAGACAACUGUUUACUGCGCCUCGACGCCUUCUCGGGCGAGCAAUCCUUGAGCAGUCAAUGGCAACCAGACGGCAGCGCCGGCUGGUCCUCUCGUGGCAUCGUGCUCAUCGACUUUGGUCGCGGCAUCGACAUGCGCGCCUUCGACCCGGACGUCCAGUUCAUCGCCGACUGGAAGACGACGGCGGCCGACUGCGCCGAGAUGCGCGAGGGCCGGCCCUGGACCUGGCAGAUCGACUACCACGGCCUCGCCGGCAUCGUCCACUGCCUGCUCUUCGGCCGCUACAUCGAGACCGUCCGCUGCGACCAGGGCGGCCUCGGCACCACCGCCGGCAGGCGCUAUAAGAUACGCGAGAGCCUUAAGCGCUACUGGCAGACUGACAUCUGGGCGGCCUGUUUCGACCUGCUGCUUAACCCGGGCAGCUUCGCCAAGAACGAGGACGCCGCGCGCAUGCCUGUCAUGAAGGGCAUGAGAGAUAUCAGGGUGCAGAUGGAGACGUGGCUCGCGGCCAACUGCGAGAAGGGACUGGGCUUGAAAGCCCUUAUGGGACGCGUCGAGGGCUUCGCGAGCGCGCGUUCGAGGAAGUAG